CUGUCAUCGUUUCACUCUUCUUCAAAAACAUUCUCCUAUAAUUCUCUAUCCUGCACUAAUGGUGCUCAUAGGAAAUCUGUUCCCUCUAAUGCUAUUGAGUUUUCUGUUUGUGCAGUACUCAUGCAUGUUUCAAUUGGUCCAACCUUUUAACAAUUUUACUGACCAAUCUGCUCUCUUUGCCUUCAAAUCUCGCAUCAAUUCUAGUCCAAAUGAAACCCUCUUGGCUACUAAUUGGUCUACAUCAAACUCGAUCUGCAAUUGGAUUGGGGUCUCGUGCAGUCCAUGUAGACAAAGAGUCACUGCUUUAGACCUUUCCUACAUGGGUCUCCAAGGCACCAUUUCUCCUCAUAUUGGUAAUCUCUCCUUCCUAGUCUCACUUCUUCUUUCUAACAACAGCUUCUUUGGUUUUAUUCCGCAUGAAAUCAGUCGUCUACAUCGGUUGAGAAUACUCAUUUUGGAAUUCAAUCAAUUAGAAGGAAGCAUCCCUCCUUCCAUUCAUAACUGUCAAAAGCUUCGCAAGGUAAGCUUUGUUUCGAACCGUCUUAUUGGUGCAAUUCCAUCGUCCCUUGGCAAUUUGUCAACGUUGGAGCUCUUGAAUUUGCAACAUAAUAGUCUCACUGGUCCAAUUCCUGUAGUCAUCUUUAACAUAUCUUCUCUAAACCAUUUUGGUGUUACGUCUAAUCUCAUCUCAGGAGAUCUUCCGAAUGAUCUUUGUAGCCGCUGUCCAAAUCUUAGAGGACUUUUUUUGUCGUCUAACAAAUUUGGCGGUCGGCUCCAUUCGCAAUUUAAUAAUUGUGGGGAGCUUGUAGUUUUAUCUUUAUCAUACAAUAAAUUCCAUGGGAGUAUUUCAAAAGCUCUAAUUGGCAGUUUACAAAAACUUGAAAUUCUGUUUCUUGGGGGUAACAAUUUCACUGGUAUCAUACCUUCUACCAUAUGUAAUUUGUCGAGGUUGCGAGAAUUCGGAAUUGAGCAAAAUCACAUCCAAGGAAGCAUUCCAACCGAUUUGUGGCAACUUCAGAAGUUAAAUGUUUUGUAUUUGGGACGGAAUAACUUUGAAGGGGCAGUACCUCAAAAAGUCUUCAACCUUUCUUCUUUACAAAUGAUCUACUUUGAGGAAAAUUCCCUUUCUGGAUAUCUUCCAUCACCAGAUAUGGGGCAAUCUUGCCCUAAUCUUGAAAAAAUUGUACUUAGUGUCAACAAACUCAGUGGUCAUAUCCCAUCCUAUCUUUCAAAUUGUUCCAAGCUCAUCUCAGUAGACUUUUCAUCAAACUUAUUCACUGGAACAAUUCCUAAAAGUCUUGGAAACUUGAAGCACCUCCAACAACUUUUUCUGAGUGAAAAUCAGCUAAUAGGCGGGGAGGCUAAAGAUCAUAAAGAGCCUGAUUUCAUUUCAUCUUUAUCCAAUUGUAGAUCGUUGAUAUUUUUAGACGUAAGCCAUAAUCCAUUGGAUAUAACAAUCCCAGAUUCCAUUCAAAACUUUUCGGCUUCCUUUCAAAGCUUUGUUGCAUAUAAUUGCCAAAUAAGGGGUCAUAUUCCUAUGGGAAUGGGUUUUUUGAAAGGCUUGAACUGGAUUGAAUUGAGUAAUAACAAUAUGACUGGAAAUAUCCCUUUCACAUUUGGUGGUUUGGAAAGAUUACAAAGAUUGUAUCUUCCCAAUAAUAGGAUUGAAGGAUUGAUUCCAGAAGAGAUAUGUCAAUUAAGGAAUUUGGGAGAGCUGGAUCUCUCAAACAAUAGAAUCUCUGGAGUCAUCCCAAAUUGUAUUUCAAACCUCAGUCUUCUACAAAUCCUAUACUUAAGUUCCAAUAGACUCGAAUCCUCAAUACCAUUAAAUAUAUGGGGCCUCAAAAAUCUAUUAUUCUUGGAUUUGUCAUUGAAUUCCCUUGGUGGACAUUUGCCUUUGAACAUGACAAAAUUGGAGACUCUCAAAGGUUUGAAUUUCUCAAGAAAUCAAAUUACUGGAGAAAUUCCAAGUAUCAUUGGAGCAUUUGAAAGCCUCAGUUAUCUCGACUUUUCAAACAACUCCUUUCAAGGAGGCAUUCCGCAAUCUUUUGGAAACUUAAAAGGGUUAGAUAUCUUAAAUCUUUCUUACAACAAUCUUUCUGGUGCAAUUCCUAAAUCCCUUGAGGCACUUCCAUAUCUCAAAUACUUGAAUUUAUCUUUCAACCAGCUUGUAGGAGAGAUUCCAUUUGGUGGUCAUUUUGUGAACUUCACGGCAGAAUCAUUUUUAGGAAAUACUGCACUUUGUGGCAAUCCAAUUUUUGGUGUCCCACCUUGUAGAACGAUUCCUACCUACAAACAAUCAAAGAUGAAAGUACUUGAUGCAUUGCCUACAUUGGAACAUAGAAUGAUAUCAUAUCAAGAGCUUUGCCAAGGGACAAACAACUUUUGUGAAAGCAACUUGCUUGGAGUCGGUGGUUUUGGCUCUGUGUACAAAGGAAUACUUUCUGAUAGGACAAUUGUUGCAGUAAAAGUUCUAAGUUUGCAAUUUUCAGGUGCUUUCAAAAGUUUUGAUGUAGAAUGCAAGGUGCUACGGACAAUUCGACAUAGAAAUCUUGUGAAGGUCAUAACUACAUGCACUAAUCUCGAGUUUAGAGCGUUGGUGCUGGAAUACAUGUCAAACGGCAACCUUGAAAAAUGGUUAUACUCUCAUAACUACUGCUUGGAUCUUCUACAGAGAAUAAAUAUUAUGGUUGAUGUUGCGUCAGCCUUAGACUAUCUCCACCAUGGUCAAUCGAAAUCUAUAUUGCAUUGUGAUUUGAAGCCUACAAAUAUCCUUUUGGAUGAGGGCAUGGUUGCACAUGUGGGCGAUCUUGGCAUUGCAAAGAUUUUAGUCGAAAACAAAGACGCAACACACACCAAAACUCUUGGUACCAUUGGCUACAUUGCACCAGAAUAUGGAUUUGAAGGGAAGGUAUCCAUCAAAACCGAUGUCUACAGCUAUGGCAUAACAUUGUUGGAGAUGAUCACGAGGAAGAAACCCAUUGACGACAUAUUCGUUGGAGGCUUUACUUUGAGGCAAUUGGUAAAUGCAUCCAUUCCAGAUAGAAUGAUGGAAGUUGUGGAUGAAGGUUUACUAAGAAUAGAAGAUGGAAGAGACACCAUUGCCUUGCAAAGUAUUCUUUCAUCAAUCAUGGACUUAGGCUUGAGGUGUUCUGAAGAAUUACCAGAUACAAGAAUGGAUAUCAAAGACGUGUUGGUCAAGCUUAAUAAAAUCAAGUCAACUUUUUUUGAGAAUAGGAACAGGGUUACUAGACAUACUUGACCUUAAUUUGUUUCACAUGUUUUAUGUCUUUUUAGUGUAGUGAAGUAUUUAUGAGUGGUAUGUAUGUAACAUGUUUGUAUCAACAUUUAUGCUUAAAGGAAUGGUUUGAGAAUCUA